AUAACUAGCUAUCUUACAACAAAGUCGGGUCAGAAAUCACUUCAAAAUUUCUACGAAACCCACUUGCAGUUGGUCAAUGAUUAUAUAGGCCAAUUCGAGAAGCAUACAGACGCGCAUAAAAUCUUGUAUCCGUCAAAAAAAAGAACACCAAGCCUGAGAAUAGAUCUGGAGGAAACGUGGCAAACUGAGAGGGGUUUAAGAGAAUCCCGAAUCCAAGCAAGUCGUGUCUCUACCACACUGAUCAAGGCCGCUGGCGAAAAGGCUGACAACAUGGUGAAGCUAUUGUGCAAGACUUUUGACUUGAUGUAA